CGUUUAUACAUACACUGUCGUCUGAAUGAGAGGUCCCAAUGGCGAAUAGUGAGGAUUAGAAAUUUGUUUACAUGGACCAAUUACUUAUCGCCUUUGCAUUUUAAUGAGGAGUAUUUAACUUAUUAAUAACUCUGAUUACUCUAAUUAAUAUUUUGAUUUGAGUGAUAGUGACCUAUAUUCUGAGUAAUUACUUAGUUCAUGGUGAUUUAAGUGAAAGAAUUCGAGUUUAACCCAUCAUUUAAAUUCGUUCUCUCACCUCUAAACUAUACACGUGUUACACAGUUAUAUUAUAACGGGAUUUUUAAUAAUAGAGUGGACAAUUUAUUUUGGGGACUUAUUCAUACUGUGUAUUGUGACAGUGAAUUUUAAAUUGAAUGAUGUAUUUUGCGGAUGAGAAUAGAGUUAUCCCACAAGGCGAUUUACAAGACGGACAAAAACAUAUGAUAUGCCAGAACCCUUCCUGCCCAACAGUUGUUGAACCGUUUACUAACCGGUUGAUUUGUCAGUGCUAUAACACUCUACCGGAUCAUCAACCGGUACCUGUGACGUCUAUGCAACAUAAUCCGGAUAUCAGCAACGGAGAACCAGCUCUCUAUAACUCGGCAUACCUAAGAGUUAACUCGCCAGAAAGAAAAGGUGUUCGUCCGCCACAGGGUAGACCAGAAUCAAGUCUUGAAAGUUUAGCGAUGCUAAGUUCAGGAUUCAAUCCCGGUGGAGCACCGAAGACUACCCCGAACUUUGAUUCACUUAUCAAGCCACAAGUCCAUGACUAUAUAAACAUGCAGAAAACCACAUAUGAUGUUAAUCCAGGUAAAAAAGUUGAUACCAGACACGCAACUGGUGUAUUGAAAGCAUGGCUGAGAGAACACAGGAAGAGUCCAUAUCCUUCCAAACAAGAGAAAAUAAUGUUCACUCAAAUAACCAAGAUGACAAUGACACAAGUAUGCACAUGGUUUGCCAACGCUAGGCGACGAAUGAAGAAAGAAAAUUCGGAAGAAGGCGGUUCAUCAGACAACAACAGUGAUUCGGGGGCUUCCGGUGAUGAAGACGAGGAUGGCACAGAUAGUCGAACUGAUACGUCAUCACAGGACUCCAGAAAAUCCAUGCCAGCUAUGCCCGUUAUGCCAGCUAUGCCAGCAACAACAAUUGGAACAAUUUCUACAAACACAAAAGAUUCUCGCUUACCGGGUUUCGAUACUUUUAUGUCUUCCAUGAAGAAACAGUUAAUAAAUCCACAGCCUCCUGUCUACAACCCGCCAUGUCAGCCAGUAAACCCCAUGACAGUCAGUCAUCACUAUGGCAACGAACAAGUCAUGAACGGAGGAAUGAAUAAUUUCAACCAAGAAAACUAUUACGUGCCAUAUAGUAGUUAUUGUGACACUGACGCUAAUCUUUAUCAGCAUAAUUAUUACGAACCUCAGUACAAUGCGCAGCAUUCAGGAUUUACAAUGUAUGAUAACCCGGAUGAUAAAGUUACAGUAGGAUACCAGCAGACCUACAACAACUUCGAGACUCAUACUACUACAGACCCAGCGAGUGGGAAAACAAAAAUUUGGUCCAUAUCAGAGUUGAUAGGUUCUGCCAUGAAUAUAAACAAUCAGAUAGAAAUUGAAUGAAAAGUUUUGCGUAUGGAUUUUACAUGUCUCAACAUUUUGGCAUUCUAGUCCUUCAUGGUCAGCCAUUGGUGUUCAAAUAUCGAGUUGUAACAUUACAUUUCUAUGAAGUUUCGAAUUAUGUUGCAAUGAGUCAUAUGCUUAUUUGCAUAAUGCAUUAUGUUAAUGUUUGUGUAGUAAAAUGCAGACUUUCAAGUCAAUUAGGCUUGAUAAUUUCUGGUCACUUAUGAAAUCAAUGGUAAUUUUGUCUAGCAUAACAUUAAUGUAUAAAAUUUCGAUUUUGAUUAGUAUUAUAUGCAUGGUCUCUUUCAUUUAAGGUUUCAUGAUGUACAACAUGCAUUGACCACGUGGUGAUGAAUAUUCAUAAUCAUGACAUAAUUUAAGGUUUCCAAUAUUUUCUUUUAGAAAUGCUGGACAUAUUUUAUUUUUUGAUGAAACAGUUGAAAUUGUUAUAGAUUGAUGUCUUUGUGUUUAAAAUGUUACGUUUAUAACUUUUUUUUAAUUUAUCUGUACAACAUUCCACAUUUUCGUAUUUCCUAAAAAGAAAUUCAUUGUUAUCAGUAUUAUGUUAUAAUUUAAAAAGAUAUUUUUAAGACAUUGCAGAUAUUUAAAUAAGUCUGUUGAUAUUAUAUGGUGCUUUUGAGAUUGGUAGGUGCUAAUUAUAAAAUUGAUUUGUUGUUGGUUAACUAACCUUGGUAAUUAUAAUUUUCAUGUUUUUUAUUUGUAAAUUGUAUGAAUGGUUUGUAGGGGCAUUAUCUUGGAAUGGUUCCUUGAUGUCGCAGCAUUUGUCAUUGACUGAGUGAUGAGAGUUUUGAUGAUUUUAUUCUGUAAUUUGUAAUUGAUAAUGACAACAUCUUAAUUGUUUUAGUGCACAUGUAUGUAAAGAAAGAUGAAUUGAAUUUUAUUUAUUAAUAAAUUUGUGAGAACUUUUA